CUUGCUAUGCAAAAGAGGACAACGAAAGGGAUCUUUAGAAUCUCUUUUCUACGCUUUACAUCGCUAAACGACAUAAUCCUCACUUGGCCUUCACUUUUCUUGUUUUUAUCUUCAGUUUCAAACCUGCAAGCGGACUUGCAGAUAUGAGUUUAAUCAAAGCAGCCAUGGCAGAUUCAAUUUUAACCACCAUGUGGGUCUUUAGCCUGCCAUUUCUCGGCAUUUUCACUUCCAUUAUAGCAUCAAAUAUAGGCGUUGAACCCAAAUCAAUACCAGCCCUUUUCAUAGCUAUAAAUAUUGCCACUCCUUUUGUUCUAAUUUUCAGCCUGAUCGGCGCCGCGUUAGGAGGUGCCAGUUUCAACCCAACAACCACCGUAUCAUUAUAUGCCGCGGGGCUUAAGCCAGAUGUGUCUUUAAUAUCCAUGGCGAUCCGGUUUCCUGCUCAGGCGGCUGGUGGAGUUUUUGGAGCCAAAGCAAUUUUGCAAUUUAUGCCAAUAAAAUAUAAAAAUUUCCUGAAGGGUCCUUCUUUGAAAGUGGAUUUGCAUACAGGUGCAACUGCAGAAGGGGUUUUGAGUUUUGUGUUUUGCCUUUUUUUGCUUAUUGUUUUGGUUAAAGGGCCCAAGAAUUUUUUGGUCAAGGUCUGGUUGCUGGCGGUGGCGACGGUGGGUUUGGUGGUUACCGGCGGGAAAUAUACAGGGCCUUCCUUAAACCCUGCUAAUGCUUAUGGAUGGGCUUAUAUGAACAAUUGGCAUAAUAGUUGGGAGUUGUUUUAUGUGUAUUGGAUUUGCCCUUUGAUUGGAGCAACUUUGGCUGCUUGGGUUUUCCGUUUACUAUUUAGCUUUAGCCCUCCUGUUGUCAAGCCUAAGCAAGCUUGAAAAGAAGGGCAUAUUAAUGAUAGUGAUAGCUCUCUCUCUCCUCUCUCUCUCUCUCUUUUUCCACACAGCACCAAAUCAAACCGUGCUCAUCCCUGUACGUUAGCAUUCAAAUGUUGCUGGAAAUGUAUCCUCUUAGGUGCAUUUCAACAAAACACAAUAUGUGCAAUCAAAUAAAGCCUAUAAUCAUCACUUAACACUUGCGAUACUUUUGCUACCAA